UAUUGUCAAUAUCUCCGGUAUUUAAAUGAACAUUUGAAUAUAAUACAGUUCAGCUGAAUUUUUAAUAAUUUUUGACUGCUUUACGGCCUGAUAAUUCGUCUUAGAAACGUGAAAAUUGUAUUUCGUCAUUUGAAAUAUAGUCAACUUCACUAUUAGAUGGGACUACCAUGUUCUUCCAAGCUCCCGAAAUUAUUUAUAUAAGGGAUCAAUUUGUUAACUUUCAUGAUUGCAUAUCAUUAAUUAAGACCUUAGUUCUUUUCUAAUAAAAUUUUUACUUGUGGUACGAAAGUUACAUUUAGCCCAAGAAUCUCCUGUAGCAUGGGUAUUUCGGCGCAUCGUUUGAUCAAUAGACAUCGAAUAUAUACAAAAUUUUUAUCAUGAUAUUAAGCGGAAACGUAAUAAGAAAUAGUCUCUUUCGGGUAUUAUCGUAUGAUCCAGUAUUUAGUAUUAUAAAUAAAUGUUCUCUACAAACAGUUAAUGUACAUCAGCCAAGCAUAGGUUAUCUCAUAUCGUGUAAUGAAAAGUAUUCGAGCUUAAGAACUUCAAAAUACAAAUUAAUAGCACGUUUCAGUUCAAACGACAGUGCUGGAUAUUCAACUACUCAAGAACUGACAGCUGUACAGUUUGAAAAAGUUUCAAACGAUACGCUUGAAUCUUUAACAGAAUACUUCGAUGAGCUAGUAGAACGAGCGAUACAUCUAACAGAUGGAGAUGUAUCAUACGGAGAUGGAGUAUUGACCAUUAAAUUUGGUAAUCCUUAUGGCACGUACGUUAUAAAUCGUCAAACUCCUAAUAAACAAAUCUGGCUUUCCUCUCCAAAGUCUGGACCGAAACGAUAUGAUUUUGUAAAUGGCAAAUGGAUUUAUAAACAUGAUGGAAAGACAAUGCAUGAAUUGUUGAACAAUGAAAUACCAGCAAUUGUAAGGGAUCAAACACAGUUCGAGAAAUGCUCGUACAGUGGUAAAGAGAAAGACGCUGCGAUGAGAACUACUUAGGUGGUUCAUAUUGUAAUCUUAAUUGAACAGACUCACUGUAUUAAAUUGGGAAUAAGAAAUUACUACGGUUUAUGUACAUACGAUCAAUAAUAUCAAUUAGAUAACA